UUUUAAUGAGGUUUUUAUCGGGCGUAAAAGGAGUUUUAUAACUUUUUGCUGUAUGCCUCAUAUUGCCCGUGCAGUCGGACUCGAUCAUGUAACUAAGUUCUUCGUCCUCCUCAUUCGGAGUUCAGAAAUCAUCCCGGUAAGAUCACAUUCGUGGUUGGUUGCUCAUCUCCCACCAAAGAGAAUAACAACUUUGAGCUUUUUCAACAUAACAAGAUUCAAGAAUAAUGGAUGAAAAUUUGAACCUACAUUGGUCUGGUCCCAAGUAUUGCUCUAAUGAAGAGGCACAGCGGUGGAUGCCAACUUUAAUCUCCUUCGGCCUUGGAUUGAUGGUUUUCAUAAUGCAGAAACUUGCUGUGCGGGUGAUUAAAGCAAGAAGAUUGUGCCUUUCCACAGGUAGAAAUCGCUUGUUAGACAUUUUACAGGUAUUGACACCCCUGGCAGUCAGUGUGGAAAUGAUUUCAUUUUUCGUGGAUAUGAUUUAUGAGUUUCCUUCUCUCGUUAUCUGUCGAUCGCCGUUGAUUGUAGAACUCUCAACUUAUGCUGUGAACAACUGGGUUCGAUUGGUAGCCCUCACAUAUAUGACUGGGAGGACACUGGUUAUAUGGGUACUGGUGGGGCAUACAGAAGCAAUCCCAACUGUUUCUAAUGUAGUUCUGAUGGCUCAAGUUGUGAUAGGAGUCGUAAUAAAACAAGAGUUUAUUGCUUUUCAUUUCUUGCUCUUCACCAAUGUUUUCUGCUACGAAUUCAAUGCUCUUUUUAUUAAGAUUGGUAACAGGUUUGGCCGUAUCACACAGAUGAUUAAACUAUGGGCAUGGUUUUUCAUCAUAGGUGGAAUUUUGAGGGCAACUGAGGAAUGGAACACUAACUUUGGUUACCAUAUAGGGUUUAGAGGACUUUACGCACCCGCAAAAUCAAGCUGGUCCUAUAUCUACUGGACAGUAAUCACAGUCUCAACUGUAGGUUAUGGUGAUGUCACACCAUCAACAGACAUAGGUAGAGCUGUUGUUAUGUUGGUAAUAAUAUUUUCCAUGGCUUGGUUUGGUUCUCAGUGUAAAACUUUAAAAUCUUAUUUUGACAAUAAGAAAACUAUCACCAUCCAAGAAAACCGACCCAAUCAUCCACUUCACCAUCUUGUUAUUGGCUGCGAUACAGUGGACCACCUCUCGGCCUUCUUAAGUGCAUUCGUGGAGGACGACCGCAGGAAAGUACUUGUGUUCAUGCAGGAAGAAAUUUCAGGUUUGAUAAAGAUAGCCAAUCUUUUCGGUGUCAGAGUUGUAUUUGGAAAUGACCCCUUGAAAGUCAUAAAAGACUCCCAUAUCUUUGAAGGAGGUCAAGAAAGUUUCUUGUGGAUUUUGUACAAUGCUGUGAGUCAUAACAACGCUCCAGUAAUUGAUAACCAAACUGUACAUUUGGUGAAGAGAAUAAAAGACAGCAAUUGCGUCUCUCGCCUUUUCGUUAAGGUUACAGGCACCAAAGGAAAGGCUGAUAUAAGUCAGAUCAAGGGGUGGAGAGGUGGAGAAGGAAUAGACGUGUGCAUAGUUUCCCAGCUUCUCGAUGCUCAUAUGCUCACCCACGCUGCACAUGCAAGGAUCAGAGCAGCUCUUCUAGCCAAAGCUUCUAUGACCAUGUCUUUAGAGCUUGCAGAAAACGAGGAGUAUAGGAAGGCAACAUUUUCUCAGAUCGUGGAAGAACAGUACUACGAGAAUAAAGCUAUUAUGCUGGGUUCCAAUAGUAUAGCUAAAGACGUUCUUUUUGCAGAGGUUAUAGAACAUGUGGGUAAGAGGCUAGUUCUAAAAAGUAAUGAAGCUAAAGGCUGGACGAAAAACACUCACAAUUGCUUAAAGAUAACAACCACUCCCAUCGGGUUCACGGCCGCCUCUCCUGUUAAAAAGAAUGUAUGUUUGACAGCAGCCUUAGCACAGCAUCCAUUCCCAGCCCUUGGAGGCCCUCAGGAAAAAAUCAAGAUUUUCUCUUGCAAUGUUCAGGAGGACCCAAGUAACACUUAUGACCUACUGAAAGCUAGAAAGGAUUUAGGGGACGAGACUGUUAUAUCCACUCUAGAACAUCUGUACGAGAUCUGCUUGAUUGACGACUGUGUAUGUGGUACCUUUGAGAACAAUCUCUCUGACAUCUUUUUGGUGAAAGCCUACAGGGAUUCUACACUGUACAACUUGUGGACAACUUUAGUAGAGGGUGAAUAUUUUGUAGUUGAAGAAAUCCAGACAAAUUGUCAUUACUGCUGUCUUUUUGAUACCAUGGUGAAGAAACGGCAGAUUCCUCUUGGCGUUGAAAUUAAUCAUAAAGUCGAUGAUAAAACAACUAAAAGGCUACCAGUGUUGAACCCGCCUCCCACCUACGAGGUCGCGAAAGGAAGCUUUGUUCUUAGUUUACGUUCAAAUGAAAAAGUGUAAAUCUCACGCUUGAAGGAUAUAUUUGAUACAAAGGAUAUGCUUAUCCUCGUGAAGACUGCCCAUUGUUUUUCCAUGGCCCUAAAAAGGAUUACUCUUCAUGUUUUUAUAUCUGUGUUAGGUUUAGGUAGACAUUUACAUAAUCCUGACUUAUUUAGAUAUGUCUUAUACUGUUUCGCUUAUCUAAAAAACUCAUAAAUGACAAUAGCGCUUCCUAUUUUACAUAGUUCUGAUUUUACAGAAUAUCUCGUAGUGUUUACUUACGUAGACCACGUCAGCAUUAUCUUAGUAGGAUGAUUCAUAUUAGCUUCAGUUUCUUUGCACAAGGUUCAUUUUGUCUUUAUAUAAAUCGAAUUUUAAUGUUGUGCCAUCUUCACAAAUGAAGUUGUAUGUUUUAUUUUUUUUAGUUUUGAUACUCUAAGAAUACUCCUUGAAUGUAAUUUUUGUUUUUUAUCGGUGGCAAGGCAUAUUCCUAAGAAAAUAUAUUUUUCAUAAAACCAGUA